AUGACUGCUGAAAAAUACCGUAACCAGGUACUGAUAGCAAUAGUCUACCCCCAUCGACUACAAAUGGGCCAAGAUUUAACGCUCAUGCAUGACAACGCCCGUCCGCACACCAUGACCGUGACCAGCUGGCUGCAAGAUCACGGUUUAUCGGUCUUAAACCCCAUAGGGUUUAAGUCAGGUGAUUUCGCGGGCCAGUCUGAGCACGCGUGGGACAUGCUCCAAAGAAGGGCUUUCAAGAAUGUUCCUGUAAACAUUGCGACCGAAUUUCAACUUUUUGGCAUCUUAGCAGGACCUCGGACAAUAUCCCGCAGCAAGACUUUGAUAAAUUGA